GACAUUGUACAAUGCUGCCUCCCAUGGCCCUGCCCAGCAUGUCCUGGGUGCUGUUCUGCCUGAUGCUCCUAUCACAGGUGCAAGGUGAAGAGUCCAAGGAGGAAGUUAACGCUCUACGGAGCAACUGUCCCGUAGGCUCCUAUUACCAUCGCUUCUACUGCUAUGUUUUGUUUAAGACACCAAAAUCCUGGUUUGAGGCAAAUAUUGCCUGCCAGAAGCGACCCUCUGGAUUCCUUGUGUCUGUGUGCAGUGAGGCUGAGGCAUCCUUCUUGGCCUCUCUGGUCAAGAGCAUUUGGAACAGCUGCCCAAACGUCUGGAUUGGGAUUCAUGAUCCCACACAGGGCUCUGAACCCAAUGCAGGUGGAUGGGAGUGGAGUAAUAAUGAUGUGCUGGAUUACCUUGCCUGGGAGAAAAAUCCUGCCACCAUUUCAAAUCCUGGCCACUGCGGGAGCCUGUCACGAAGCUCAGGACAUCUGAAAUGGAUAGAUUAUAACUGUAAUCAGAUGUUACCCUAUAUCUGCAAGUUCAAGAAUUAGAAAGAAAAGAAUUAGGUCAGGUGGGAGCCAGCGGCCUGAGCUUGGGAUGCAGCUCAUCAUGGGACCAAGUGAGAACCCACCGGAAAGGAAUAUUUUUGCACACCCUCAAACCCAGCCUCUUCUUUUUGACCUUCCCUCCUCC